AUGAAAGUCAUUUUCUUAGUCUUGUUAGGAAUUAUUCAAUACUCUUAUUCUAAUGAAUGUACAUGCACUGUCUCAACUACAAAUAUGUUUGUUAGUGAGUGUAAAAAUAAUGAUGGAAAAAUUGUUGUUAAUAGUCCUGAGUGUAUUUUUAUUAUAAAUGAAGAAAUAAAUGGAAAUAUACUUUUAGAAAGUGUUAAUAAACUAAUUAUCAAUUCAAAAAACACUUUUGAAACACAAAAUAAUAUUAUUAAAGAGAUUAAAGUUACUAGUGAUGUUAUUUUUAAUAAUGAUGGAAAAAUAUCAGAUAAUCAACUUAUUAUUGAAAAUCUUGAUGCAACAAAUGAAAAUAAAAUAACACUUGGGGUAAAUACAAUAAUUAAAUCAAGUAAUGGAAACCCUAAUAUAAUUAUAACAUCAGAAGCAAACAUUAAAUAUAAUGGAAAUAUAAAUCAAUUAGAUAUUGAUGGAAAUUUAGUUAUGGGACAAGGAAGUAUUAAUGAUAUAAAUGUUAGUGGAAGGUCAGAGGUAUUGUUGCCAGAAAAAAUUAAAAUCAAUUCUAUUACUCUUGAAACAGCUAAUUUUCAUUUAUUAGUUCCAUCAACAGAAGACUUUCAAAUUGGUAAAUUUAUUAUUAAAAUGAAUAAAGGGCUUAUCUCUAGUAUUCCUUUGAUUCAUUCAGAAAAGAUUAUCACAGAAAAGUUUAUUGAUUCUCUUGUUGUUCAAGAUGACACAGGAACUAAGUUAACAGGAAAACUUAAAAUUGAAUGUGCUCGAUAUGAAGUAUUUUAUGUUUCACAAGAAACAACAGACGUCGCUUGUCAACCAAUAACAUGUAUAUUUAAAGAUAAUCAAUUUAAUAUUGAAAGAUGUCCAUUUGAAGAAAAACAAGAUGGGGAUUCUGUUAUUCCAACAAUACUUUUAUUGAAAUCUGCUUUAUGGAAAGAAGAAUGGAAUUCAAAAAAAUUAACUAGUUUAAUAAUUGAUAUUAAUAAUGAUAAUUCAUUAGAUUUUGGAAGAAAUACCAUUAAAUGCAGUAAUUUAAUUAUUAAAUCAGGAAAGAUUUCUAUCCAAGACAUUUCAUUAGAAAAUGUUAUUGUAGAGUCACAGGCUUCACUUAAAUUAACAAAUACACAUGUCCAAAGUUUAAUGUCUGAAGACUCAACGCUUGAACUAAAGUCAGUUUAUAUUGAAGGAUAUUCAGAAUUUAAAAAUACAAAAAUGUCUAUUGAAAAUUCAUUAUAUUAUGCUGGUUCAAAUAAAAAUCUAUUUAAGAGCAUUUUUAAUGGAGUUGAAUUAAGUUUGACGGAUGGUCACAUUUACACGAAAACACCAAUUGAAAUAAUUGUUGAAGAAUUAACGAUUAUUUCACAAAAUUAUCCAAUCUUUAUUGAUGAAAGUCAAAGCAAAUUCUUCUUUGAUGAUUUUGUUUCAGUGCUUGGUGUUGAAAAUGAUGCAAUGGAUUCAUGUUUUCAGUUAGUAAGUAGUAUGGGACAAAAUUUGAUUACUGUAAAUGAAAAUAGUAAUGUGGUCAUUGACUUAAAUAAAGUUAGUGCAUUCUUUUGUAUAGAAAACGCACAGGAACCAACCUCUUAUCUUAAUUGUAAAAUUCCAAAACAACCAAACGGAAAAUAUAAUAUGGGACUUUUAGUGAAUUUACCAGACCAUUGUAAAAGCGUCAAUCCUUCAGCACUAAAUUUUAUAUUUGAAGAUGAUAUUAUUGAAUUAAAUACUAAUAACAUUCAGUCUAUUGGACAAGUUCAUGCACGUUCAUUGGUUAUUGUUAGUUCUGAAGUUCAAAACGAAGGUGAACUUACAACAAUCAAUAAAGUUGAAGUUGAAAAAUUAACUAUUUCAUCUCAUACCAAUAUUUUAGAAUUAUCUUUAAGAACUUCUUCAUUAGUUAGAGUAACUUCUUUAUUAUCUCUUGGUAUAUUAAAUGUCGAUGGAAUUAAAAAUGGUUUCUUUGCUAUUACAUCUACCGGUUCGUUGGAAAUAAUAGGAAAUUUAUUUUCUAAUGCCAAAGUAAUUAUUGAGAAUGGUGGUAGUUUUUAUUCCUACAACCCUGAAGAAUAUCUUGAAAUAAAUAAUUGUGAAUUUGAAAUUCAUCCACAAGGUGUUUUUAAGACAAACUUAUUCAGUAAAAUCAUUGACUCUAACAUCUAUUUGAAUCUUAUUAAUGAACAUGCUCUUACAUUUACUAAAGUUAUUUUUGAUGGUGUUAAUAUUGAAUUAAGAACAACAAAUCUAUUAGAAUUCAAUACACAAAGAAAGUCUCAACAAUAUGUUGCUUUUGCCAAAGAUGGAAUGGAAUUAAUUAAUACUAAUAUUGAAUUAGUUAGUGGAACGAAGAGAAUAAAUUUAAAAAGUUCGAUUGAGUGUAAUAAACAAUGGUUAUUUAUUAAUAGGAAGAAUACAAAAUGUUUGUCUGAUGGAUUAAAUAUUAGAGGAAGGGAAACAUUUGCAAUUCCUGAACAUUGGAAAAAACAGAAGAAAUCAAUGAAAUGGAUUUAUAGUAUUAUAGUCAUUCCAGUUAUCAUUGCUAUUGGAUAUAUCCUUUAUGUAUUCAUUCGACAAUCAAACAACACACAACAUUCCAAUCUCAUGGAUGAUUAA